CGAUGGAGGCGCUUCCCGUCGGGGACGAUAAACACAACCCGCUGCGCGAUGCCAACUUCUGCUCCCGGGUCUUCUUCUGGUGGCUGAAUCCUUUAUUUGUUACUGGUCAUAAACGGAAACUAGAAGAAGAUGAUAUGUAUAAAGUACUCAGUGAAGAUUCCUCAAAGGUGCUUGGAGAGGAAUUACAAUGGUAUUGGGACAAGGAGGUGCAAAAGGCUAAAAAAGAAGCAAGAAUGCCACACUUAACAAAAGCAAUUAUACUUUGCUACUGGAAAUCCUAUUUACUUUUGGGACUUUUCACACUGGUUGAGCAAAUAUUCAUAGUAAUUCAGCCAAUAUUCCUGGGAAGGAUUAUUAGUUAUUUUGAAAAGAUUGGCUCCAAUGAUGAUAAUGCUUUGAACUACGCCUAUGCCUCUGCAGCGGCCUUGUCUGUGUGUACGUUGGUUUUGGCUAUCACUCAUCACUUGUAUUUUUAUCAUGUACAACGUGCUGGCAUGAAGCUGAGAAUAGCCAUGUGCCAUAUGAUAUAUCGCAAGGCACUUCGUUUGAGUAAUACAGCCAUGACAAAAACCACAACAGGUCAAAUUGUAAAUCUUUUAUCAAACGAUGUAAAUAAAUUUGAUCAGGUGACUAUUUUCUUGCAUUUCUUGUGGGCUGGACCCCUUCAAGCAAUAGCUGUAACUGCACUUCUUUGGCUUGAGAUUGGCCCAUCAUGCCUUGCAGGAAUGGCCAUUCUAAUUAUUCUGCUUCCUCUGCAAACCUGUAUUGGGAGGCUUUUCUCAUCUCUGAGGAGCAGGACAGCAGCCUUCACAGAUGUGAGGAUCAGGACCAUGAACGAAGUCAUAACUGGAAUGCGGAUAAUAAAGAUGUAUGCCUGGGAAAAGUCAUUUGCCGAUCUUGUGAACAAUAUGAGAAGGAAGGAGAUUUCCAUGGUUCUUAAGAGUUCUUACCUUCGGGGAUUUAACUUGGCAUCUUUCUUUGUUGCCAGCAAAAUAACUGUGUUCAUGACAUUCAUGACCUACGUAUUGCUUGGCAAUGUUAUCUCUGCAAGUCGAGUGUUUGUCGCAGUGUCACUGUAUGGUGCCGUGAGGCUGACGGUCACCCUCUUCUUCCCAGCAGCUGUUGAGAAAGUAUCUGAAGCACUGGUCAGCGUUCGCCGAAUCAAGAACUUUUUGAUUCUUGAUGAGAUUUCUCAGCUAAGCCCGCCACUCAAAAACAACAGUGAAAAUGCUUUCCUUAACGUGCAAGAUUUGACUUGCUCCUGGUCCAAGACUCUGGACUCACAGACACUUCAAAACAUUUCGUUUACUGUCAGGCCAGGAGAAUUACUGAUUGUGAUUGGCCCCGUGGGAGCAGGAAAAUCUUCCCUCUUAAGUGCUAUCCUUGGUGAAUUGUCUUCAAGCAAAGGCUUCAUAGAUGUUCGGGGAAGAAUAGCAUAUGUUUCUCAGCAACCGUGGGUGUUUUCUGGCACUGUAAGAAAUAACAUACUAUUUGGAAAAGAAUAUCGCAAAGAAAAAUAUGACAAGGUUCUCAGAGCCUGUGCUCUUAAAAAAGAUAUGGAGCUGCUGGAAGAUGGAGACCUGACAAUGAUUGGAGACAGAGGGGCUACAUUGAGUGGAGGACAGAAAGCCAGAGUUAAUCUUGCCAGAGCUGUGUAUCAAGAUGCAGACAUCUACCUCCUGGAUGAUCCAUUGAGUGCCGUGGAUGCAGAAGUUAGCAGGCAUUUGUUUGAAAAGUGUAUCUGUCAGGCUCUGCAUAAAAAGCUAUGUAUUUUAGUGACCCACCAGUUGCAAUAUCUACGGGCUGCAAACCAGAUCCUAAUUUUAAAGGAGGGUAAGGAAGUAGGGAGAGGUACUUACACAGACUUCCUGAGAUCUGGAAUAGAUUUUACUUCCUUAUUGAAAAAACCUGAAGAUGAUGACCAGGUACCUGUACCAGGAACUCCCAGCCACCAGUUAUCUAGGAUCCGUACAUUUUCUCAGUCCUCUAUGUGGUCGAUGGAGUCCUCAGUUCAGUCGCAGAAAGAUGGGGCUGCAGAACCUCCCUCUAUGGAACCCGUCCUAACUGCGUUGCCAGAAGAGAGCCGUUCAGAGGGGAAAAUUGGAUUUAGCCUUUAUAAGAAGUAUUUUGCUGCCGGGGCAAAUUAUUUUGUAAUUUUUAUACUUUUCUUUCUCAGUGUUUUGGCACAGGUUGCCUACGUGCUUCAGGAUUGGUGGCUUUCUUACUGGGCAACUGAACAAGAAAACCUGAACAUUACUACAGUGGAAAAUACUAGAAAAAAUGAGACAAAAACGCUUGAUCUUGACUGGUAUUUAGGAAUGUAUGCAGGUUUAACUGUGGCUACUAUACUGUUCAGCGUACUGAGGAGUCUUCUUAUGUUUCAAGUUUUGGUUAAUGCUUCUCAGAAUUUACACAACAAUAUGUUUCAGUCAAUUUUGAAAGCCCCAGUGUUUUUUUUUGACACAAACCCUAUUGGAAGAAUUCUGAAUCGUUUCACCAAAGAUAUUGGCCAUCUGGAUGACUUACUUCCAUUAACAUUUCUGGAUAUUGUGCAGACUUUGCUUCAGAUUUGUGGCGUGGUAGCGGUGGCUAUUGCAGUGAUUCCUUGGAUUCUCAUCCCUUUAGUUCCACUUCUUAUUCUUUUCAUCUUUCUUCGUCGGUAUUUCUUGGCUACAUCAAGAGAUAUUAAACGUUUGGAAUCCACAACUCGAAGUCCGGUGUUCUCUCAUUUGUCGUCAUCUCUCCAGGGACUUUGGACAAUCCGUGCAUUUAAAGCAGAGCAAAGAUUCCAAGAAUUAUUUGAUGCUCACCAAGAUCUUCACACAGAGGCCUGGUUCUUAUUUUUGACGACCUCUCGAUGGUUUGCUGUCCGCCUGGAUGCCAUCUGUGCCAUCUUUGUGGUGGUGGUUGCAUUUGGUUCUUUGCUUCUUGCACGGACACUAGAUGCGGGUCAAGUUGGUUUAGCUUUGUCCUAUGCAAUCACUCUCAUGGGAAUGUUCCAGUGGGGAGUUCGGCAAAGUGCUGAAGUUGAAAACCUGAUGAUCUCUGUAGAACGAGUAGUGGAAUACACAGACCUUGAAAAGGAGGCACCUUGGGAGUCAAACAAGCGUCCACCCCUGGAGUGGCCAAAUGAAGGUGUUAUAGCAUUUGAAAAUCUGAACUUCACUUACAGCAUAGAUGGUCCUUUGGUGCUAAGACAUUUAUCUGCUUUAAUCAAGUCAAAAGAGAAGGUUGGAAUUGUGGGAAGGACAGGAGCUGGGAAAAGCUCUCUAAUAGCUGCUCUUUUCCGGUUGGCUGAGCCCGAAGGAAGAAUUUGGAUUGAUAAGUAUUUGACAUCAGAACUAGGACUUCAUGAUUUGAGGAAGAAAAUUUCAAUCAUACCCCAGGAACCAGUUUUGUUUACUGGAACUAUGAGAAAAAACUUGGACCCUUUCAACGAAUAUAGUGAUGAGGAGCUAUGGAAUUCUUUGGAAGAGGUCCAACUAAAGGAGGCCAUUGAAGAGCUACCUGACAAACUAGAAACACAACUUGCAGAAUCUGGAUCUAAUUUUAGUGUUGGCCAGAGACAGCUGGUGUGCUUGGCCAGGGCUAUUCUGAAGAAGAAUAAAAUAUUGAUUAUUGAUGAAGCAACAGCAAAUGUGGAUCCAAGAACGGAUGAGCUGAUUCAGAAGACAAUCCGUGAAAAGUUCGCCCAGUGUACAGUGUUGACUAUCGCACACAGGCUAAACACUAUCAUCGACAGUGACAGGAUUAUGGUUUUGGAUUCAGGACGGCUGAAAGAAUAUGAUGAGCCGUACAUUUUGUUACAAGAAAAGGAGAGCUUGUUUUACAAGAUGGUUCAACAAUUGGGUAAGGCUGAAGCUGCAUCAAUAAUGGAAACAGCAAAACAGGUUUAUUUUAAGAAAAAUUAUCCUGAAGUUAUUCCAAACGGUCAAGCAGCGACCAACUCAUCAGUGGAAGACUCCCAAGGAUUAAUUAUGUUUGAGACUGCACUAUGAUCCCAUGCAUUAUGGAUGUUGGGAGUUGUUUUUUUUAAAAAAACAACAACCCCAGAAUGUAAUACUAAUGUAAUACAAACCAAAUGUUGCUAUUAAUUGAAAAGACUGUUUUUGCACUGAAUUGCUACUUGUUAUAUUGAAGAAAAUAUAUUUUUCAUGAUUUUUGUUCCUUUGGAUUGAAUGUAAAGCAGUUUAAUAUUUUUACAAUGCAGUACACUUUGAACUUUGUUUUGUAACUGCCUGAUCCUGUGGAUUUAGCAAACGGACAUUUGCCCCACAGAAUCUAAAGCCACAUUUGAUAUUCGGCAAGUGAGGCUCAGGAAAUCCUGAUUUCCUCGCUUGCUAUAAAAGUGCCUUGACGGCGAGAAACCGCUCUGUCAGAUUUUACUCCUGAUCCUGGGCUCCCGGGCCAUUAAAAUGGUUCAUAGCCCGUUGCAUAAAUAUGUCCCCAGUACAAUGCAGUUGUGUGUGCCAUACAAGCACAAAGAACUGGUGUUGAUGUGGCAGUGCUGAGAACUCCUGCUUCUGCAUCAGUGCUAUCUUUGGCCAAGCUCAGGUCUGGCCAGUGGCUCCACACCACCUCUUGUGGCAUGGCUCUGACAAGAGGGUCACUUAAAUCUGGUCCAAUUAUUUCAAAGGCUUAAGCUGUAAAAGAGAUGCUGCAUAACUCAUGACACUCUAAACAAGGAGCUGGAAACGUGUGGCCUUCUAGCUGUUGGACUCCAACCUCAUCAGCCCCAGCCAGCAUGGCUGAUGGUCAAGGAUGAUGAGUGUUUGAGUCAUUAGGCUUCUGGAGGGCCCCAAGUUCUCCACUCUUGCUCUAAACUGAAUGCAGCGACAUAUGGUUCCCGUCUUCUGUGUGUGCUUCCCUCUCAAGCACAUGGCAGGCCAUCAUACUUGCAUUUGGCUUGGUGGGUCACAACUUGUGUAGACCUACUGAAAAAAGGAUGAAGCACAUACAUACAUUUGUUUGAAUCCUUUGCUACUGUAGGUAUGUUUGAACCACUGGUGCCGAACAUGCCUGGCGUUCAAAUUUGCAAUGCAUUUUCUCAGGUUGGAAAUAAGGAGCAUAUUUUUCUGGCUUCGUAUAUAGAAGCAAGUAGGGAAAAAAGAAAUGAAUGUUCCUCUACCCUAAGAAAUGUAUAUUUGUAAAUGCUCAGCUGCAUUUAUGAUAUAUUUAUGCCAAUGCUUUUAAGAAACUUUAGAAAUUGGCCAGUUCAAGAAAUGAACAAACAAAGUUCUUUGUUUGGAGAUCAGUUUUAAAUUGUCUUGCCUUUUUAAUUAGAAUUAAGUGGAGAAUGAGAUAAUUUAAUAGAAGCACACCACAAAUCUUUUUAUAUCUGGCAAUUCUCUGUCUUUUUUUAAAGGAUCAUAUACACAACAAACUACCAUUAGCUAUAAAGGGCUUGGAUCGGGGACAGUUGUAUACAUACCUUCAGAGGAGAAAAUCUCAAUAGGAGUUAAGUGUUAAAAAGAUGGCAUAUGUUAUCUAAGCCUUAGUUGAAUGCUGGAAACGUACGUAAGAGAAGAUUGGCAUAUUUUGUAUGGCUGUGGGUCCACAUGUGUUAAAAUAACCUAACAAGCAUCUUCCUCUUUAGUAAGCAUGUUUAGUAAGAAUGUUUUGUCAACAUAAAUGCAUAGAGAGUUCUCUUCCAGUCAAGUUAAUAUCAAUGUGUUGUAUACAUUUAUUGUGCCUUACUGGAUUUCAAGCCAAAUUUAUUUGAA